AUGUACGCCUAUGAGCAUGUCAUGACGUUCGACGAGCCGGCGGGAGGCUACGACCCGUCGGCUAUGGCCGGGGGCUCGUCGAUGGGCCAGCAGCAGGUCGCCAUCAAGAAGAAGAAGAGCAUCAAGUCGGACUCGUCAGUCGACCUGCGGGGGCCCAUGGAGGUCGACGGCUCGGUCAAGUCCAUGGGCGCCGUCACUCUGUUCGGCGACUUUGUCGUGCGGGACAGGAUCGAGGCCUACGGAAAUAUUGAUCUCAACGGGAACAUGACGUGCAGCGGCAAGCUCAAGUCGUUUGGAAACGUCAAGAUCAAGGGGAGUGCACUUUGCGCAGACAAGGUCAAGAUCUUUGGCAAGCUGAAGGUGGAAGGGACCCUGGAGGUACAGGGCGAGAUCGAAGUCUGGGGAGCGCUCACAAUCAACGGGUAUCUAAAAUGCAAGUCCCUGACGGCCUACGCAUCCCUGACAACGGUGGGCGACCACUCGUGGUACGAGAUCGAGGAAACGGAAAUCAUCCACGGAGCUAAGUUGGUGCAGAGAACCAACUACGAGGGCUAG